AUGUCUUUGGAUGGUAGAAAAGGGUUGAGACAAGAUGUUCCAACUAGAUGGAAUUCCACCUUUCUAAUGCUUGAGAGUGCUGUUUAUUAUCGGCGUGCUUUUUGUCAUUUAGAGUUGAUUGAUUCUAACUUUAAGAAUUGCCCUAGUGUACUUGAGUGGGAAAAGGUGGAUAGUAUUAGAACUUUCUUGGCUUGUUUUUAUCAUGCUACUUGUGACUUUUCUGGAACUAAGUAUCCCAUAGCCAACUUGUAUUUUCCAGCAGUUUUCAUGAUCUAUGUGACCUUGAAGCAACAUAAAGAGAGUGGAGAUGAAUAUAAGAGAUUAAUGGCAAAUCGAAUGCUCUCUAAGUUUGAGAAAUAUUGGUCAGAAUUCAGUAUAGUGUUAGCCAUUGCAGUUAUCUUGGAUCCUCGUUUCAAGCUUCAUUUUAUAGAUUUCUGCUAUAAGAAGCUUUAUGGAGAGAGUAGUUCUAGAGAGUUUUUGCUUGUUCAUGCUAAAUUAUUCUCUCUUUUUAUGGAAUAUAAUGGUAUGUCUCCUAUAACUUCAAGCAACAUAGCUGUUGAAAAACCUGAGUUUGAUAAAUUUGAAAGGGAUGAUGUUGGUAUACAAAAGACUCAAAUGGAACUUUAUUUGGAUGAACCUAGGCUGGAUAGGAAUGCGAAAUUGGACAUUCUUGCAUUUUGGAAGGAAAUGAAUUUCGUUAUCCUGAUGUAG